CAAUGAGAUUUCAGUACUAAUUAAUGAUCAGUCUUAAUGCACGUUUAUCCUCUGUCUCGCUCUCCAGUGGUCCCUACUAUCAUCCAAAAGCAGGAGGGUCUUCCCCCUCCAACCAACCCAUCCAUUCAGGAUGUCCACUCCAGACCCUCCCAUGGGGGGUACCCCUCGACAGGGUCCUUCCCCAGGCCCGGGGCCCUCUCCUGGGGCAAUGCUUGGCCCCAGCCCUGGUCCUUCUCCAGGGGGGUCCUCUCACAGCAUGAUGGGGCCCAGCCCAGGGCCUCCAUCCUCAGGUCACCCCCUGCCUCAGGCUGGGCCCUCUGGAUACUCCCAGGAGAACAUGCACCCUCUGCACAAAAGAACUGGUAUACAUGAGAAGGGCAUGAGUGAGGAGUCACGCUUUGCCCAGAUGAAGGGCAUGAGACAGGGAGGGCACAGUGGCAUGGGCCCUCCUCCCAGCCCCAUGGACCAACACUCUCAAGGCUACCACUCCCCACUUGGCGGCUCUGACCACUCCAGCCCCGUCCCUUCCAACGGGCCCCCCUCUGGCCCUCUCCAAUCCUCUAGCGCUGGCCCAAACCCCUCAGACACCUCCUCCAACCCGGACUCCCAAACCCUGGGGGGCCAGAACCAGUUGCAGAACCGAGGUCCUACUCCUUUCAACCAGAACCAGCUUCACCAGCUGCGGGCCCAGAUCAUGGCCUAUAAGAUGCUGGCCAGGGGGCAGCCACUACCGGACCAUCUCCAGAUGGCUGUCCAGGGGAAGAGGCCCAUGGGGUGCAGCCCAGGGAUGCAGGGUCCGGGGCCAGGGCAGGGGGGACUGGGGCAGCCCAUGCCCAGCCUGGCUCCUGGAGGUCCUGGAGGUGUGGGGCCAGGACAAGGACCAGGAGGACCCAUGGGCCAGGGCUACAGCAGAGCUCACGGGAUGAUGGGACCCAACAUGCCUCCUCCAGGCCCCUCUGGUCCAACAGGCAUGCAGGGACAGAACCCCAACGGACCCCCCAAGUCCUGGUCUGAAGGUCCAAUGGUAAACGCCGCCGCCCCCUCUAACGCCCCCCAGAAGUUGAUCCCUCCCCAGCCGACGGGCCGUCCCUCCCCCGCUCCACCCUCCAUACCCCCCGCGGCCUCCCCGGUCAUGCCCCCCCAGACCCAGUCCCCUGGGCAACCGGUCCAGCCCCCACCCAUGGUGCCCCACCAUGCCAAGCAGAACCGCAUUACCCCCAUCCAGAAACCCCACGGACUCGACCCGGUGGAAAUACUGCAGGAGAGGGAGUACAGACUGCAGGCUCGUAUCACCCACCGUAUAGCUGAGUUGGAGAACCUCCCUGGCUCUCUGGCUGGAGACCUGAGGACCAAGGCCACCAUCGAACUCAAGGCCCUCCAGCUGCUCAACUUCCAGAGACAGCUGCGUCAGGAGGUAGUGGUGUGUAUGCGCAGGGACACAGCUCUGGAGACAGCUCUGGACGCUAAGGCCUACAAGAGGAGCAAGCGCCAGUCCCUACGAGAGGCCCGCAUCACAGAGAAACUGGAGAAACAGCAGAAGAUCGAACAGGAGCGUAAACGUCGACAGAAACACCAGGAGUAUCUGAGCAUUAUCCUGGCCCACGCCAAAGACUUUAAGGAGUACCACCGCUCCAUCACAGCUAAGAUCCAGAAAGCCACCAAGGCCGUGGCCACGUACCACGCCAACACAGAGCGUGAGCAGAAGAAGGAGAACGAGCGCAUCGAGAAGGAGAGGAUGAGGAGGCUGAUGGCUGAGGAUGAGGAGGGCUACCGUAAGCUGAUUGACCAGAAGAAGGACAAGCGUCUGGCCUACCUGCUGCAGCAGACGGAUGAGUACGUGGCCAACCUCACUGAGUUGGUCCGGGCUCACAAGCUAGUACAGGCCCUCAAAGAGAAGAAGAAGAAGAGGAAGAAGAAGAAGCUGGAGAACGCUGAGGGUCAGACUCCUGUACUGGGACCUGAUGGAGAACCUCUAGAUGAGACGUCCCAGAUGAGUGACCUACCAGUGAAGGUGAUCCACGUGGACAGUGGUAACAUCCUGACAGGGGCGGACGCUCCUAAAGCUGGACAGCUGGACACAUGGCUGGAGAUGAACCCUGGGUAUGAGGUGGCGCCUCGCUCUGACAGUGAAGACAGUGGGUCGGAAGAGGAGGAGGAGGAAGAGGAGGAGCCCCAGCCGGCAGUGCCUCCAGUAGUGGUCCUCCCAGGGUUAGUGGGGUUAGAGGAGAAGAAGAAGAAGAUCCCAGACCCUGACAGUGAAGAAGUAUCAGAGGUGGACGUACGACACAUCAUAGAGCACGCUAAACAGGAUGUGGAUGAUGAGUAUAACAGUGCAGAGGCAGCGUUCGCUCGGGGACUCCAGUCUUACUACGCUGUGGCCCAUGCUGUCACUGAGAGAGUGGAGAAACAGUCCACUAUACUCAUCAACGGACAACUGAAACAGUACCAGAUUAAAGGUCUGGAGUGGCUGGUGUCUCUCUACAACAACAAUCUGAAUGGUAUCCUGGCUGAUGAAAUGGGACUAGGAAAGACCAUCCAGACCAUCGCUCUCAUCACGUACCUGAUGGAGAACAAACGAGUCAACGGACCUUUCCUCAUCAUAGUACCACUCUCAACUCUCUCUAACUGGGUGUAUGAGUUUGACAAGUGGGCUCCGUCUGUAGUGAAAGUCUCCUACAAGGGCUCCCCUCAGGCCAGAAGGGCCUUCAUCCCCCAGCUACGCAGCGGCAAGUUCAACGUUCUCCUCACUACCUAUGAGUACAUCAUCAAGGAUAAACAGGUCCUAGCCAAGAUCCGGUGGAAGUACAUGAUCGUGGACGAGGGCCACCGGAUGAAGAACCACCACUGUAAGCUGACCCAGGUCCUCAACACCCACUACCUGGCCCCCAGGAGAGUGCUCCUAACGGGGACACCGCUCCAGAACAAGCUGCCUGAGCUCUGGGCCCUGCUCAACUUUCUCCUGCCCACCAUCUUUAAGAGCUGCAGUACCUUCGAACAGUGGUUCAAUGCACCAUUCGCUAUGACUGGAGAGAAGGUAGAUCUAAAUGAAGAAGAGACCAUCCUGAUUAUCCGUCGCCUCCACAAGGUGCUCCGCCCCUUCCUGUUACGCAGGCUCAAGAAGGAAGUAGAGGCUCAGCUACCGGAAAAGGUGGAGUAUGUAAUAAAGUGUGAUAUGUCAGCGCUCCAGAGGGUUCUUUACAGACAUAUGCAGGCCAAGGGAGUCCUACUGACAGACGGCUCUGAGAAGGACAAGAAGGGUAAAGGAGGUACCAAGACUUUGAUGAACACCAUCAUGCAGUUGAGGAAGAUCUGUAACCAUCCCUACAUGUUCCAACAGAUAGAGGAAUCUUUCUCUGAGCAUUUAGGAUUUUCCGGAGGGAUAGUGAGUGGUCUUGACCUGUACCGAGCCUCAGGGAAGUUUGAGGUGCUGGACCGUAUCCUGCCCAAGCUGAGGGCCACCAACCACAAGGUGUUGUUGUUCUGUCAGAUGACCUCGCUCAUGACCAUCAUGGAGGACUACUUCGCCUACCGCAACUUCAAGCACCUGCGUCUGGACGGCACCACCAAAGCAGAUGACAGGGGCAUGCUGUUGAAGGCGUUUAACGACCCGGCCUCCCAGUACUUCAUCUUCCUGCUCAGUACCAGAGCCGGGGGGCUGGGCCUCAACCUGCAGUCAGCUGACACCGUGGUCAUCUUCGACUCUGACUGGAACCCUCACCAGGACCUGCAGGCCCAGGACCGUGCGCACCGCAUCGGCCAACAGAACGAGGUCCGCGUCCUGCGUCUCUGCACCGUCAACUCCGUAGAGGAGAAGAUCCUGGCAGCGGCCAAGUACAAACUCAACGUGGACCAGAAGGUCAUCCAGGCCGGCAUGUUUGACCAGAAGUCAUCGAGCCACGAGCGCCGGGCUUUCCUGCAGGCUAUCCUGGAGCACGAGGAACAGGACGAGGUCGGGGCCCCGGGCGGCAGCUAUAGCUUUGCUCAUGUCCUUCGGUCCUGCUGUGUGUUGUGUCUGUCCAUUGAUGUGUGUUUCACCGCUCAGGAGGAGGACGAGGUGCCAGACGAUGAGACGGUCAACCAGAUGAUCGCCAGGAGCGAGGAGGAGUUUGACCACUUCAUGCGUAUGGACCUGGACAGGAGGCGUGAGGACGCUCGUAACCCCCGCCGUAAGCCCCGUCUGAUGGAGGAGGACGAGCUGCCCACCUGGAUCAUGAAGGACGACGCAGAGGUGGAGAGACUCACCUGUGAGGAGGAAGAGGAGAAGAUGUUCGGGAGGGGGUCCCGCCAGCGCAAGGAGGUGGACUACAGUGACUCACUCACUGAGAAACAGUGGCUCAAGGCCAUUGAGGAAGGCACGUUAGAGGAGAUCGAGGAGGAGGUGCGUCACAAGAAGACCACCCGGAAGCGAAAGCGUGACCGCGAUGACCUCCCUGGCCCCUCCUCUUCCUCCUCGGGGGGCAGGCGGAGCCGGGACAAGGACGAGGACGGGAAGAGACAGAAGAAGAGGGGACGCCCCCCCGCAGAGAAACUCUCCCCCAACCCCCCCGCUCUCACCAAGAAGAUGAAGAAGAUAGUGGACGCUGUUAUUAAAUACAAAGACAGCAGUAAUGGUCGUCAGCUGAGUGAGGUCUUCAUCCAGCUGCCCUCGCGCAAAGAGCUGCCAGAGUACUACGAGCUCAUCCGCAAGCCUGUCGACUUCAGGAAAAUCAAGGAGAGGAUCCGUAGCCACAGAUACCGUAGUCUAGGAGACCUGGAGAGAGAUGUGAUGCUACUCUUUCAGAACGCACAGACCUUCAACCUGGAGGGAUCACUGAUCUACGAGGACUCCAUCGUGCUCCAGUCGGUGUUCACCAGUCUGAGACAGAAGAUCGAGAAGGAGGAGGACAGCGAGGGAGAGGACAGUGAGGAAGAGGAGGAGGACCUGGACGAAGGCUCCGAGUCAGAGUCCCGCUCAGUGAAGGUGAAGAUCCGUCUGGGACGGAGAGAGAAGAGUAGUGACCGGGGGAAGGGUAGGAGACGUAUGGGACGCACCCGAGCCAAACCUGUCGUCAGCGACGACGACACUGAAGAAGAGCAGGAGGAGGAACGCUCCCCCAGUGGCACUGAUGAAGAAUCCUAAAUGGAAACUAGCUGCUUACUCCAAGGUCCAACUCUACUUCCAUUAUUACCAGGUUUUGUUCAACUCCAUUUCAUAUCUACUUGGGAAUGUGGAAUUUCACUUAAUAUUGAUGCCAAUUCCCUCCCUGUUAUGUACAUUAGCACAGCUUUCAUAACAUCAACUACUGGACAUGAAGCACUGCUUAGGUGUGGAAAAUAGACCAAUUCUGCCUCAUCCUGUUAGUCGAUCUAAACAACCUUGCUAAUGUAAUAUGUGUCAACUACUAUAAGUGUUAUUUAUUAUGUCUGAUGUCUUUUGGGGGGUAAGUUGAGGCCAUAUACAGUGCCUUCAGUAAGUAUUCAUACUGCUUGACUUAUUCCACAUUUUGCUGUGUUACAGCCUGAAUUCAA